UCUAAAUAAUUAAAUUAAAAAUAAAUCAAAAGAUUCGUAUGUGAUUUUUGAACCAAAAACAAUUCUUCGCAAUCAGCUAAACGAUUUUCUAAUCGGAGAAAAAAAGCACAAGGACCUGUACGAAGGACAACGUUAUGCACCUAAUGUAAAAACAUCAUCCAUCCAUUCACCAUGACUCUGGUUCACCGUGCAUUGUUCACCUGGUUCGUAACACUGAAUUUCGUCAUAUUUCUCAGUCUUCGAUUGGAAUUGCGUACACAAUGGAACUUUUUUUUCGUAUUUAUACCGCUGUGGGUAUUUGAUGCCAUACUGCUGGUGUAUGUCAUUAUUCGUAUCAUAACGAAGUGGAGAAAUUUGGCUCGUUUGAAAGAGUUGCUUAUCGGCUAUCAAUGGUAUAUUGCAGCAGUAUUGCUUAAGAUAGCUGGACAGACAAUGAUCUGUUUGAAAUUGGAAUAUCCACAUUUAGACAUACCGAUUUAUGUGACUAUGAUACCGAUAUGGGCUCUCUUGUCAUCUACCGUCACUUAUGUAUUUAUCAAACUUAUUCAUACCAAGUAAAAUAAAUGAAACGUUUUUUAAACUUGA